UGGUUUAGAUGCAGCUUUUGUGUAUAAGCACGUUACAUUCAUUAACAUUUACUUGUUCUUUGUGGAUGAACUGUUUGAAAAAUUUUCCAGCUGAGAACUUCUGCAUCGUUUGAAAUAGUUUUUCCAAUUUUCAGCUCUAGUACAUGUUUCCUCAAGGUUUUGAAUUUUAUUCCACUUUCUGUCAACCCCUUAAUGGAAUGUGAAUGAGUAUUACAUGUCUGCAUGCUGUGUUCAAGUUUGAAAACAGAAAAUGGAAAACAUUAUGAAGAAAUGGGGCAUUGUGAGUAUACCCAAACUGUCCUUGGUGAUCGAAAUAAAGGGCACUCCUAUUCUUCUGUUUUGUGGUUAUUGUGGAUGAAUGUGCACUGAAUAUAGAAUGCAAUAGUACCAUUCCUCUUUUAGUUCUGUCCUUGUUAGUUUGCAGUGUUUUGGACUUUAGAAUAAGAUUGAAAGUAAGAAUAAAUAUUUGUACAGUUUGACAGUACCAAUUUCCAGGAGCUCAACCAUCAAUGGCAAUGGAAGACAAGCACAACCUCAAAGAUAAUAAGGAGCUUCAACCACUCUUAGUGUUUGGUCCUCCAAUAAUCUUCCCAAUUUUUGAAGCUCAAAACUCUCACAAGUACCGUUUCCUCAAAGCUUUCUCCUCACAAGUUCCUCUCCACCAAUUCCUCACUGAGCAAAAGGUUGACCCGUCAUCCAUUCAAGCCAUAUUGUGCAACCCUUCACAGAAGGUCUCAGCAGAUGCUAUUCGGUUCCUCCCAUCACUCCGCAUCAUUGUGACCACCAGCGUUGGAACCGACCACAUAGACUUGGUUGAAUGCAGCCGUCAUAGUAUUCAGGUUGCCUGCGCUGCUGGAGAUCAUGCAGGGGAUGUUGCUGAUAUGGCUGUGGGGUUGUUGCUUGAUGUAGUGUGCAAAAUUUCUGCCGCUGAUCGACAUGUUCGGAAACGGGGUCCCUCUAUGCCCUUGAAUGUUGUUUUUGGUUACAAGCUAAAAGGAAAGCGAGUAGGGAUUAUUGGAUUGGGAAAAAUUGGCAUAGCAGUUGCUGAAAGGCUUGAGGCCUUCGGUUGCAGAAUGAUGUAUAAUUCAAGAAACGAGAAGGCAUUCGUUUCAUACCCCUUUUAUUCAAAUGUUGUUGAGCUUGCUGGUGAUAGUGAUGUCCUUGUGGUUUGUUGCGCAUUAAAUGAAGAAACAAGGCACAUAGUGAAUAGGGAAGUGAUGUUGGCGUUGGGGAAAGAUGGAUUUAUUGUGAAUGUUGGGCGUGGAGCUCUGAUUGAUGAAAAUGAAUUGGUGCAGUGUUUGAUGAAAGGGGAGAUAGGAGGUGCUGGUUUGGAUGUGUUUGAGAAUGAGCCUAUUGUUCCCACUCAUCUCUUUUCUUUGGAUAAUGUGGUCCUCUCCCCACAUGCUUCUUCAUUAACUUCAGAUGGUUUGCAUGAAUCAUGUAAACUUGCAGCAGAAGCUCUGCAAGUUUUCUUUCCAAGUAACUGACCUGGUACUCCACUCUUGCAUGACUAAAUUAGAGUUUUUCUCACCAUUACUCUUAGAAGAUAGCAGCUAGCAGAUCCUCUAAGCUAAGGUGAAGAAAUCAUUGUCCCUUUUUCUUUUGAUAAUCACAUAUAACUUCAAGCAUUUGAGAGACACUGAUGGUGAAGUUGUUUAAGUGUUAACAGUGUAAAAUAUUAUCAGAGUAAAUCCGGAAAAAUACUUUUUUUUUUCAACUUUUGUAUCCACUCCAAGCCUCUUUCAAGAUUUUGUUUUUUCCUACAAAUGUUGG